GAGCGGCGGCGGCGGGGGGCGGGCGGCCAAUGGGGAUGGCGAAGCGGGCGGCGGGAGCGGGCGGGCUGCGGCGGCGGGGCCGGGCCGGGCCCGGUACCGGCGGCGGCCCCGGGCGGUGCCGCGCCCGCGGCGCUGCGGUAACGGCCGGGACGGGGCUCUCGGGGCUCGCCCCGCGCUCGGCACCCCCCCGGUGACGCUCCCGGUGCCGCAGGCGCGGCGGCGGCGGAGGCGGCGGCGGCGGCAGCCCAUGCGGGCCCGGGCGCCGGUGACGGCGGUGACGGCGCGGGAGCUCUGCGAGAACGAUGACCUGGCCACGAGCCUCGUGCUGGACUCGGUGCUCGGCUUCCGCACGCACAAGAUGGGGGUCAGCCCCCUGCCCGCCCUGCGGCGCCGGGCCCAGCUGCGGGCGGCCAUCGAGGCUUUCCGGCAGCGCCGGGACCUGGAGGCGGCCUGGAGGACGCUGAGCGCCGCCUGGGCUCCGGCUUUCUUCCGCCAGCGGCGCCCGGUGCAGCGGGCAGCGCUCAAGAACCACGUGUUCCGGUACCUGCGGACGCUCCUGCCCGAGAGCGGCUUCAGCAUCCAGCGCUGCACCCGCUACAGCCGCGACACCAACGGCGCCAGGGUGGUGUCCACCCGCGCGUGGCGCAAGCACGAGACGCUGGAGCUGCUGGGGGGCUGCGGGGUGGAGCUGCGGGGCUCGGACCGGGCGCUGCUCCGGGCGGGCGACAACGACUUCAGCCUCAUGUACUCCACACGGCGCCGGAAAACCCAGCUCUGGCUGGGACCCGCAGCCUUCAUCAACCACGAUUGCCAUCCCAACUGCAGGUUUGUGUCAGCCCCGGGCGGGCCACGGGUGCAGGCGCUGCGGGAUAUCCCACCCCGGGCAGAAAUCACCUGUUUCUACGGCGAUGGCUUCUUCGGCGAGGGCAACCGCGGCUGCGAGUGCCGCACCUGCGAGAGGCGCGGCGAGGGCGCCUUCCGUCAGCGCGGCAAAGCGGCCGAGCCUCAUCCUCCUCAUCAUCCUCCUCCUCCUCAUCCUCCUCACCCUCCUCCGCGGGACCCCCCCCCGAAAUACGAGCUGCGUGAGACGGACGUGAGGCUGCGCCGGGGGGCCGGGGGGGACCCCCAAAAACCUCCCCAGAGACGCCGUAAAAGCAAAAAGAAGGGGAGGAGAGGGCGGCGACGCCACCCCGAGACCCCCGGGACCCCCGGGACCCCCCAGCCCCGCGUGGCCCUGCACGACUGCGUGUCCUGCGGGGGGGGCUGCCGCCUGCGGGGGGGGGUCCCGCUGGUGCUGCUGGGGACCCCCAAAAGCGCCCCCAAAUCUGACCCCAAAACCCCAGACCCCAAAACCCCCGAGCCCGACCCCAAAACCCCCGAGCCAGACCCCAAAACCCCCGAGCCUGACCCCAAACUGUCGCUCUACGCCCACGGGGGGCUGGCACUGGCGCUGCCCCCCCUGAACCAGCCCUGA